AUGAAAAAAGCAUAUGAAUUAUCCGUAUUAUGUGGUUGUGAAAUAGCAUUAAUGAUAUUUAAUAGCAAUGAUCGUCUAUUUCAAUAUGCAUCAUCCGAUAUAAAUAAAGUUUUAUUAAAAUAUGCCGAAUAUAAUGAACCACAUGAAUCAUGUACGAAUGUGGAUAUUGUCGAUAUUUUAAAUAAAAAACAUCCUACAAUAAAACCCAUAGCAAGUGGUAGUAGUGAAGAUACGGAAAUGCUCGAACAACAUGAUGAAAGCAAUGAACAAACAUUUACUGACAGUGUUAAUAGCUUUCUUAUCAAUAGCAAUCUAAGUUGUUCCUCAUCAAAUAAUAAUAGCCAUGAUAUGACAUUCCUUAAUAAUAAUAAUACAGGAACGACAACAACAACAGUUUUACCCGAUUUUCAAUAUUUAACAUCUCCAUCAGGUGAAAAAUUAUUAUCAACAACAACAUCAAAUCACAUUCCCAUUUAUCCUAUUCCGAAAUCUGUUGAUGUUAAUCAGUAUGGAAAUAACAUUACCAAUAAUAAUAAUAACCUUCAUUCAAACACAGCUCAUGUAACACAAUCUUCACCUAUAUCGAUGAAUAAUUUUAUCGCUCAACAACCGUCAACAAAUAUUGGUCGUAUUAUGACUGUCGGUCCGGAUAUGAGUGUUUCAUCUAUUGAUAUAAGUGCACUUGCUUCACAAUUGACAUCAAAUUUUUUAGCAUCAUUAACUAAUGCAACUGUUGUUACAACUACAAAUAAUUCAUCAUCAGCUAUUCCUAUUAAUUUAAUUAAUCGAGAUUGUCAAACAACAAACAUUGGCACUGGACAAACAAUUAUGUUAACAAAUAGUCCAAAUUCAAUUGUACUUACUGGACAACAUCAUCAACAACAACAAACACAACCGAUAUGUCGAAAUCUUAUUAAACAAGAACCUAGUGUCUAUACAACAACAUCAACACCAGGAAGAAACGAAUUGUGCUAUGAAUCGAGUAUAAAACAAACUCAUUUAUGGCAAUAA